AUGGUUUCCAUUCAGUGGAUGUUUGCCCUCGCCUUUGUGGCAUUGGCGUGUCCUUUUGCAACGGCGACAGCUACACCAGAAGCCGAACGUGCGUGCAGAUGGAUCUCCGGCUUCAUGGCCGGAUACGUCGAUUAUCCCAACUCGACACAAUACGAAGUCAGCAGAACUAGCUACUUCACCCAGCAGCAGCGCGCCCUCCUCCCUGCUUGUUACGUGCGCCCAGAGAAUGCUAUUGAAGUCGCUGCCAUCAUGAAGACUCUCACGGCAACAAACGCCACGUUCAACGUCAAGAGCGGCGGCUUCUCGCGCUUUGCCGGCGCCUCCAGUAUUGACGGCGGCGUGCUCGUCGACCUCGCCCGCAUGAAUAAGAUUGAAGUCCUAGCUACCGGAGGCACCAUGAUGGCCGGCCCAGCGGCCACAUUCUAUGGUAUAUACCGCCGCUUUGACGACAGGAAGAUGGCAGGCAUAGGCCCCAAGAAUGGCGAUCUGAGCGUUGCGGGAUACUUUCUUGGCUGUGGCUUUUCUUUCUAUCAGCAGCAUGCUGGAUUCGCCUGUGACGACGUAUGGAACUACGAAGUCGUCACGGCAAAAGGGGACAUCAUCAGAGUCAACGACGAGGAAAACCAAGAGCUCUUGUAUGCCCUUCGUGGCGGUGGCGGCUCCAGCUUUGGAAUCGUCACUCGCUUCGACUUUCUUCGCUAUUUUAACAAGAAAACGUGGUGGCAGCACAUCAUGUUUCCUGCUUCCAUGAACUUGGAGGUGAUGAAGGCUUAUGCGAAUGCAGCGAAGGAGGUUCUCGAAACAGACUUGCAUUCCCACACUUUUCUGAUGAGCUUCUUCUCGGAAGACCAUCUAGAGUACGUGACCGAGGUCCAUAUCGUGCAUUCCGGGAAAGACACCUCGCAUGACCGAUCUGCGCCGGCAUUGUCAAUUCCUUUCAAGAGCCUUACCGGAGCCAUGCAGAACAUCACUGAGGGAAACGGAGUUGCCAACUUCACAGAAGCAUUCGUUGAGCCUGCUGGCCUCCGUCGCACGGCCUGGUCGACCUCGUUUGGCUUCGACAAGCCCGAGUUCCUCGCCGACAUUCUCUCCCGCUGGCAAGCAAUGGAUAUGAAACUCAAGAGCUUGCCAGGCCAGAAAAACUUUAGGUCAGAAAUAGAAUUCCAGCCCGUGUCGAAACGCAUGGUUAGGAACGGGCGACACAAGGGCCACAACGCCUUGGAGUUGCCCAUUUCAAUGGUCCCAAUGACAUACGUUCUCCUGUCCGUGCAGUGGAACGACGCGGUCUUUGAUGACACCGUGGAGGCUGAGUGCAAGCGCUUCAUCGAUGGAAUCGAAGAGACGGGGAGGCAAAAUGCCCAGCUUCGCGGCGUCAUACACAUGAACUACGCCCAUCCCAGCCAAGAUUACUGGACGCGUCUCAACCCAGAGUCUUAUGAUAAGCUGAGGAUUGUGGCGAGGAAUUGGGACCCAGAGCGUGUGCUGAAUAGGCUGUGGAGAGGCUAUUUCAAGUUUGAUUCUGAAGUUGGCGGAUAG